CAGUUUGCGGCAGGUUCCGAAAGGCGCAAACUUUAAUGUUGCAACUAAGUGCAAACAAAGUCGUGACGCCUGAACCGCGAAUUUGGUGUUAUUCGACCUCAAAAGUUUCGCCGACCUCCUCAAGACCUGCUCUCUUUGAAAAUGGCGGCCACCACCCUACCCAAGGAAAUCUCCAAACUCGGCUCAGAGGUCAAACUUUUCGGAAAGUGGGAUGCUCAAGAUGUCGAAGUCAAGGAUAUCUCCCUGACGGAUUACAUUCAAGUCCGCCAUGCCGUCUACCUUCCUCAUACUGCUGGACGAUACGCCAAAAAGCAAUUCAAGAAGGCUCAAAUGCCUAUUGUUGAGCGAUUGGUGGACAGUUUGAUGAUGAACGGUCGCAACAACGGCAAAAAAGUCAUGGCCGUCCGAAUUGUCGCUCAUGCAUUUGAGAUCAUCCACCUUCUUACGGACCAGAACCCCAUCCAGGUUCUCGUCGAUGCUAUUGUCAACACUGGUCCUCGCGAGGACUCAACUCGUAUCGGUUCCCAGGGUACCGUACGUCGCCAGGCCGUUGAUGUGUCCCCUCUGCGACGGGUGAACCAAGCCAUCUCCCUUCUCACUAUUGGCACGCGUGAAUCUGCUUUCCGCAACGUCAAGUCUAUUGCGGAAUGCUUGGCCGAUGAACUUAUCAAUGCAGGCCAAGGGUUCCUCAAACUCAUACGCCAUCAAGCAUAUGAUCAGAAAAAGGAUGAGCUUGAACGUGUCGCCAAAUCCAAUCGGUGA